UCACAUAUCAAUCGAAAAUUGUAUUUCAUAUUUUUUAAUUCGUGAAAAAAAUUAUUUUAUAAAUUUUCAAAUAAAGUCAACCGCAAAUAUUUUUUACAUAUUUUUUAAAUCAUAUUGUAAAACGUUUAAAUUCCCAAAUCAUGCCACCAGUUAUAAAAGGAAAAGAUGUUUUAAAUGCUCUUAAUGAGCUAAAAACUCCAUCAAAAUUAAUCGAAAUUGUGGAUCAUAUGUCUGCGAACUGUGAAGGCAGUAAAACUGCAUUAACGGCGGCUGUUAAAACAAUUUUGGAGGCUGGUGUACAAUACGGCUACAUUCAGGAAGCGGAUGACAAAUAUUACACUGAAAAUCUAACUGCCGAGAAUGCCAAUGAUGAACAGGUUCAGCCAACUACAUCUGAGAACAAAGACCUGUAUAGAACUGAAUUGAUUAGUUCAAGUGAAAGUGUGGAAGUGGCAAAGAAUGAGAAAAAAACUGCAACAAAUAAACGGCCUAUGACAUCCAGUAAAUAUUUUCUAAAUUCCAGUGAUGAUGAAGAGGAACUUCGUGAUCGUGAUGAUUGUUGUGGUUCUAGAUAUAGGAGGAGAUCACGUAGCCGCAGCAGUGGUAAACAUGGUAAAAGUCACUCGCGUCGUCGUACUCGCCGACGAAGACGUGGCUAAACUUUU